AAUUGCGGCCUCUUCUUCUUCUCCUUCGCCGCGCUGUGCUGCAAUAAGAAUCGGGAAAACCACAUUAAAAACGCUGUAAAGUGCACAAAUCGGCUUAAAAUUAUUGCCCAAGUACGAGUGUUAAUAUUAGAUCGCGAUAUUUAAUAAAUUCGGAACGCAAAAAGGUUUUCCAGAAGGCCAACAAAAACUGUAAGGAGGCAUAGGACAAGUGCGAUUACCUUUCAAUGGCCGCCACUACAACAACAACAACCACAACAUUAGCAACAACCACCGGCAAUUGCAGCAGCAACAACAACAACAACAACGCCAGCGCCAACGCCAACAACAAUAACAAUAAUAAUAACAACAACAAUAUAGUAACGGUACACACCGUACUAAACACCCCACCCACCAGCAUUGCAGCCUCAGCGACUGCCGUUGACGCCGCCACCGUUGCCAUUGCCAAGGACAUGUUGCAGCUGCACCAUGGUGCAGCAACAACAGCAGCAGCAGCGGCGGCGCUAAACAAUAACAACAACAGCACCAGCAGCAGCAAUAGCGCAGCCGAGCUGUCUAGCAAUAGCAACAACAAUUCAGCAAACCACCCACCUGCUAGCACCACAAUCCCCUCCGCCGUUGCCUCAGCCUCUGCCACCGCCUCCUCAUCAUCAUCGUCAUCAUCCUCGCCGCCAUAUGGAGAGCUGCGCUUCAAUCAGGAGGUGCUGCCUAUUACGGACACCGUAACCAUUAUUGGACGCAACUCCUCCACCUCGUUGGUGCACUUUAAUGUUGCCGAGAACAAUCUGGUGUCGCGCAAGCACUUCCAGGUGAUCUACAACACCGAGCUGCACGCCUUCUUUGUCCAGUGCCUCAGCAAGAAUGGCAUCUUUGUGGACGACUUCUUGCAGCGUCGUAAUGUCGAUCCGUUGCGGUUGCCCCAGCGUUGCUACUUCCGAUUCCCCAGUACGGAGAUUCGAAUCGAGUUUGAGAGUUAUGUGCCCGCCGCCCCAUCAGACAUUGCCCAUGGACAUUCGCCAUCUCUUGUUGUGAGCGGUGGCGUUGGCCCCGGCGCCAAUGUUAUAAUAACACCGCCGCCGCGGGACGAUUUGCAGCACCUGCACCACACCCAACAACAGCUACCGCAGCAGCUGCAACAACACUCGCACUCACAACAGUCUGCGCACCACCUGACGCUGCAGCAACAGCAACCAGCGCACCACCCACUCCCGCAUGCAACACACCACCCGCUUCACCACACAGCUCUACAGCAGCAUCAGCAGCAGCAGCAACAACGCGGCGGAGGCGGCGGCAAUAUUGUCGCGGCACCACCGUCGGGAGCAGCGGCCCACCUAAUCGCUGCAGACGGACCCGGCAUCUACUCGCCCCUCAAGAUAUCCAUACCCAAGAAGGAGCAAAAAAGCCCCUACCUGUCACCAACUGGUACAAUAAGCGCUGCCAACAGUUGUCCGGCUAGUCCACGUCAGGGAUUCAUCCAGAAUCAGCCCAAUAACUACAACAACUACAGUAACAACAAUACGCAGGAGCUGUUCCAGACGCCCUCCACAGCCAGCUACAAUCAUAACGAGAAGCCGCCGUACAGCUACGCCCAGUUGAUUGUCCAGGCCAUAUCCGCCGCUCCGGACAAGCAACUGACGCUCUCGGGCAUUUAUUCGUUCAUUGUCAAGCACUACCCGUACUACCGCAAGGAGACAAAUAAGGGUUGGCAGAAUUCCAUACGUCAUAAUCUCAGUUUGAAUAGGUACUUCAUAAAGGUGGCCAGAUCCCAGGAUGAGCCCGGCAAGGGCUCCUUUUGGCGCAUUGAUCCCGACAGUGGAGCCAAGUUGAUCGAUCACAGCUAUAAGAAGCGUCGUCAGCGAAGCAGCCAGGGCUUCCGUCCACCCUACGGAAUGCCCCGCUCGGCACCCGUUUCGCCCAGUCACAUGGAUAACUCGCGUGAGAGCUCCCCACUGCAGGAUAUAGUGCUACAAUCUGCCCCUGGAUCACCGGGAUUAUCGCUGGAACAGCGUGCCAAUGAUGCGGCAGAAAUCAUCUACAACUCUCAGAAUGCACACCAACAGCAGAGCCAGCAACCGCAACAGCAGCAACAACAACAGCAAACGCUGUCCAAUAAUUCCAAUCAGUACAGCAGCGGCAGUCCGUACUAUGUUACCAAUCAAAACUCUAAUGCGCCUGUGACUCAGGGACAUGUGGAGGGCAGCGGGGCCGGCAAUGGUGGAGUGGGAGCUUUGAUUGCUGUCAAGCGGAACCAUGUAAUGCACCAGCAGCAACAGGCGGUGGCGCAGCAACAGCAACAGCAGCAGCAUUCAGAGAUUAUUUACGAGGAGCUGCCGACCGACUAUAGUGGUCACAUUGAGGCAAGCGAGGAAGAGUGCGUUACUACUGCCAGCGAGGCCACCGUGCCCAAACGACCCAAGUACGUGUCCGAGGUGCUCUGAUGCGUGCGGAUCCAGAAGCACCGGCAGAAUAAGGGCAAAUAGUUGGCCCAUGGGCAGAAAAAAAUGAUUAGAAAGCAAAACAAAAAAGUAUCUCCAUCUUGUAUAUUGAAUUUGCCAACACCACACCACACCAUACCCCUCCC